AUGGACGCUAAUACAGCUACAGCGGCCACUUCGUCAUCUGCUGCUGCCAAGCCGCUUACCAUUGGAGUUUUUGGAGGGAGCUUCAAUCCGGUGCAUUUAGGCCAUGCGCUCCUCGCCAUUACGACACAACAAACCAAGCCAGUGGAUCAAGUCGUACUCGUUCCUGUUUACAAACAUGCGGUCAAACGGAAUUUACUACCCUUUGAGGAUCGAGUCCGGAUGUGUCAGCUCGCCAUUGCGUCCUUUGGAGAUGCCUUGUCCGUCUCGACCAUUGAACAGGAAGUCGGCGCGUCCAAUGGCGCCAUGCUUCAGGCACUCAAAAAGAAGUAUCCGGAAGGAACACGCUUUGUCUGGAUUUGUGGAGAUGAUUUCAUUCGAUGGAUGCACAAACCCAAAGGCAUUGAGACCUUGCAAGAAGUCUCAGGUUUGAUUCUACAACGACGCCUUCACAAACAAACAGAGGACAUGAUCCCAGGCUCUGAAAAUGCUACUAGUGGCGCCCAAAAUCGAUUCAUUCAAGAGCCACUCGACGAAGAAAAGUUGCACCGGGUGGCGAAGCAACUCAAUUUGGAAGUGGAUUUUAUUUAUGGCGAAUUGCCACAUUUCUCGUCGACGUUGGUCCGACGAGCACCCGGCCACUGGCGAUCCUUCUUGACGCAGACCGUCGUUCAGUAUUUGGACGAGCGACCGCAUUUACUCCAACAGCUCAUCGACGAUCUAGAACAAGAAGAACAAGAACAGACGCAAUUGGCCAAACGACAAAAGGUGUCCCACCGCCACCAUCACAAACGUACGCCGUCCACCUUGGCCAACCUCGGAAAAGCGGGGAGCUUUGUGUUGCAAGGUUUGGAUGUGGUCGAUGCCUUGCAACUCGAGCGGGGACGGACGGGCUUGCAUUUGUCCACGGGGGCCUUUCAAUCGGAACUCGAACAAGCCCAGGCGGCGACGGAUUCGAGACUCAUUCUGCGCAACAACGACCCAACCGAGGGAUUGGAAGAAUUUGACGAAGUCUCCUCUUUGGCGGCAGAACUCCAACGGAUCCCCGUGUGGUUGGGACAUGAUCGUCGAGUUUUAGAAAAGAGAAGUAAGGCAUUGCUAGGACGUGGUGGUAUUGAUGGCUGGGUGGCGCGGUUGUCCCUUGUGGAAAAGUUCAACUCCCGUAUUGAUGUGCUGAUUGCUGCUACGACUCGGGCUCUCGUUGAGAUUUUAGAAAAUCACCAGAAAGGCAAUGGUGGUGGUGGUGGUGGUGCUGUUGUCCCCUCGAACCAAUCAUCUAGUAGUACCAAUCAGGACAUUCCAGAACUUUUAGGGAAAUGGUGUGAUGGGAAGGAAGCCUUGGGCCGCCUCCGUGCCUUUGUCUGUGCGGCCGGUCCUACCGCCCCACAAAUGGUGCAGAGCUCGUUAAAGAUGAGACAACGACUGAAUCAACGAAUCGACACCAAGGAUCGUUCCAUUGCCCAAGUCCUCGACUUUGAAGCGGGCUUUUCGUCGAAGGUCUCUGCCCCGGAGGCCUUGAUCAGCUUGCUUCACAACGUGACACUUUGGGAAUACAAGUUGAUGCGAUGUUUUGCGUCCAGUACUCCCCUUCCCGUCAUUCAUACAUUUUUGAACUCUCUUCCGUCCCAGGAUGACGUUGGAAGCUUUGAUGUGGAGAAAUUUUUUGAUGCUUCCACGUCGGCGAUUGAUUUUCUACUCAGUUUUGCCAAAGCGUUGGCAGCUUCCGCAUGUGCAACUGCAUAG